CCAAUGAAGUUGCGGAGCGCACUAUAAAGCAAGAGUCCGUUCUCUGCUUAAGACACAUUAAGAGAGUAAUCUCGAAAAAAUAAUUCCACUAAAGAUACUUUAGUGGACUACUUAAGAACACUUCUUCGCAUCGCAACUAUCUUCAUUCGUCACCGUCCGAUAAAGGUUGUGCAGAAGCCAGAAAGAAAAGAAAAAAAGUUACCAUCAUGGCGCUAAUGAUACUGCCAUUCAUUGGAGCACUGUCGGUGUCUGAGAGUUUGGUUGCCGUGCUAACGGUGUGUCUGGCCUACCUGAUCUUAAAGUCUUUCCAAGAUAAGAUUCCCGAGGGGCUUUCUCGACUACCUGGCCCAAAGCCUCUGCCUAUAAUUGGGAACGUGCUAGAGAUGGGCAGCAGACCUUACCUGAGCCUCAGCGAAAUGAGCAAGCGGUAUGGCGACGUCUUCCAGAUCCAGAUCGGCAUGCGUCCAGUCGUCGUUCUGAGCGGCAAUGAAACUGUUCGACAGGCUCUCAUCAAACAGGGCGAUGAGUUUGCGGGAAGACCUGACCUGUACAGCUUCCGUUUCAUCAACGACGGCAAGAGUCUUGCCUUCAGCACAGACAAAGCUGGCGUUUGGCGCGCCCGCAGAAAGCUGGCCUACAGUGCCCUACGCACUUUCGCCACCUUGGAGGGCACGACCCCAGAGUACUCCUGUGUGCUGGAGGAACACAUCUGCAAAGAGGCCGACUACCUGAUCAAGCAGCUUGACAGCGCCAUGAAGGCUGACGGUAGUUUUGACCCCUUCCGCUACAUAGUUGUCUCUGUCGCCAAUGUGAUCUGUGGCAUGUGCUUCGGUCGUCGCUAUGACCACAACGACCAGGAGCUGCUGGGCUUAGUGAACCUCAGCGAUGAGUUCGCCCAGGUGGUGGGCAGUGGCAACCCAGCAGACUUCAUCCCUAUUCUCCAGUAUCUGCCAAACAAAACAAUGAAGAAGUUUGUGGGCCUCAAUGACCGCUUCAUCAAUUUUGUUCAAAAGAUUGUCACCGAGCACUAUGCCACCUACAACAAGGACAACAUCCGGGACAUCACUGACUCCCUCAUUGAUCACUGUGAGGAUAGGAAGCUGGAUGAGAAUGCCAAUGUGCAGAUAUCAGAUGAGAAGGUUGUUGGAAUUGUCAAUGACCUGUUUGGAGCUGGUUUUGACACAAUCUCCACUGCCCUGUCGUGGUCUGUGAUGUACUUGGUGACUUACCCAGAGAUACAGGAGAGACUUUAUCAAGAACUGAAGGAGAAGGUAGGUGUGGAUCGUACACCUGUACUUGCUGAUCGAAACAACUUACCUCUUCUGGAGGCCUUCAUCCUAGAGAUAUUUCGCCAUUCUUCAUUCCUGCCCUUCACAAUUCCACACUGCACUACAAAAGACACAUCUCUGAAUGGAUACUUCAUUCCCAAAGACACCUGCGUGUUCAUCAAUCAGUGGCAGAUCAACCAUGAUCCUGAGCUGUGGAAAGAUCCAUCAUCCUUCAACCCAGACCGUUUCCUCAAUGCUGAUGGAACCGAGGUCAACAGGGUAGAAGGAGAGAAGGUGAUGAUUUUUGGCAUGGGAAAGCGGCGCUGCAUUGGUGAGGUCAUUGCACGAAAUGAAGUCUACAUGUUCUUGGCCAUCCUCAUCCAAAAUCUGAACUUCUACAACUUGCCCGGAGAGCCACUGGACAUGACCCCAGAGUAUGGUCUCACAAUGAAGCACAAACGCUGCCAACUGAGAGCCACAGCACGAGUGAGGGAUGACCACUGAAGCUAUUUAUAAUGUACAAUUUGUGAUUCAGUAGGUAUAAAAUUGACUCUUGAGACUAUAAGGGCCAAAUUAAUAGUCAGUGACAGAAGCAUCUUUCUCAAAAUGUAAGGCACUGGAUGUCACAUUUGACUUGCAGAGCUAAUGGUAUUGAAGCAUAAAAGUGAAGUUUGCUACAUGCAGAUUGUCAGAGGUCUUAUCCUGUGUCUGUCUCUGUUAUGUUUUUGUUUGCAAAGAGACAUUUGGGCACAUGGUUGGUGCUUCUCAGUGAAGUAAAAACGAGAUGCAGUUUUUCCUGCUGUGCUGCAGUAUCAAAGCUGCUCUUAUUCAGUAAUUCUAAUAUGCAAAGACCUUGUUCAACUUUUGGACAAACAGUGUAUUUUGUUUGGAUGGACAUUACUAUGUAGGUCACUGUAAACUAGAUUUUUUUUCUGUGACACAGGUCUCUGAAGUGAACAGAUGUUAUCUCAUGAUACCAUUCACAUUUGUAAGCUAAUUAUUUUCAUUAUACUGUGGAUGUGAGACACUGAAGCUAUUUGUAUCCCAAAAUGUGAUUUUGUGUACAUAUCAAGAUUUUUGUUUUUGAUAAAGUUAUGUUUUAAUAAGGGCGCGUUUGUAUAUAUUUGAGGUGAAAUAGUUUUGCUCUCUAUCUGUCUUAUUUGUCAGAACACCAAAAGAAUUUAAGCGAUGGAAUAUGGCUGUUCAGUUUUUGUAUUUCGAUUUGUAAUGUAUCACUGGUUGUAUAACAUGUAAGGGAUGUUUAAUCAAUCACACAAAUAAAAAAAAGUGCUAUAAUAA